AUUAUUUACGAAAAAUCCCCUUUCUCGUGGAAUACUCAUGGCCGCAAUCAGCUCCCAGGUCUCCUCCCUCACCGAUUUCCACCAUACAAAACCGUCAAAACCAGAUGAGGCGGCGGAGACGAAAGACUCUUUGAAGUCCGCUAUACGAUGGGAGACGGGUACUGGAUUUGAUGACGACUCUAGCGAUGACGACGGUGUUUGCCCUCAAGAAGAUGAAGAACUGUCUGAACUGUGCGACUUUGCUCUUUCUUUUUGUGAGACUCAACAUCCUUGCCCUCAAGAAGAUGAAGAACUGGCUGAACUGUGUGACUUUGCUCUAUCUCUUUGUGAGACUCAACAUGUCUCUUCCGUUACUGAGUCCGACUAUACAAAACUGAAACUGGAUGAUGGAGAUAAAGAUGAGGGGCCGCGGAGACGAAAGACACUUUGA